UAACUUUUUGGAGUGAGUUGGUCAAACAUUUGACAAUUGAACAUAAAACAAAAAAUAUAUAAUUGUUCAUAGAAAAUGUUUUCUGUUGAACUAAAUUGCCUUUCUAAAUAAAGUUUCGAAACCACCAUGCAUUACGAUUUGGUCUCUAGUCGUCAUCUCCGCUGCGGAAUCUCGAGACCAUUUCGAGCUGGUUGUUGUACCUAAAUAGAAACCGUCGAGAAUAAACAAAACCAGAAAGAAAGCGUCAACAUGCCGAGCUCGACCCGCAUCAGCCGCGGAUUAUCUUAUCUGGGGAGAUUUGGACGGUGCAAUCAGACACUGUGGCGACGACGCGACGUGCCUCUAUGCACUAGGAAGAGGAUCACAGAAUUUUCGGUGGUGCGGUCUGGCAUUAGGUUGCCGCGAAUGCGUAAGCGCACCGCUUUCAACCAUGAUGGAAACGCAAACCAAUUCAAGCGGUUUAAAAGCCCCUGCAAUUAAGUACCGUUUCCGACAGUUUACACAUUUGCAUGGUGGCUAACCUUUGCCCGAAGGGUCAAUCCAGAACGUUUUUACUUCGACGAACUAGUUGGAGCUACGAGAAUGAGAUAACAAUUCCACUGCUGCAGAGCAACGGAUGUUGCUCUGGUUUCUUUUCUUCUGUUUCAACUCACAGCCCUAGCAUCGAAUUGACCGGGAAAACCAGGCCGGUCGGCACCUAUAGGUUGCCUCAGGGGGCACACUGGUGUUUUAUGGCAGUAGAUUUCCUUUCCCAACGCUGCUGAAUGCUGUACCUAAAGGGUGAUACGGUCAAAAUUUGGUCACACAAUUUGUUUCAUAACUUGAGACUGCGUACACCAAAACAGCUGAUUUUUGGACCAUUAUUGGUACAUUAUAUGUAGCUUAUACCAUAAAAUUUUCAUCAAAAUCGGUUUAGUAUUUGCGGAGAUAUUGUGAAUACUGAAAACUGCAAUUUUAAAAUUUUGUACAAAGUGGAUUAAAAAAUAAGAACACAUUUUUACUCUUUUUUUUAUAGAGCCAGAAAUACUGAACCAAUUUCAAUGAAAAUUUUUCUGUGUGUAAAGUAUACAUAUCAAAAUGUUAUGUAAAAAUUUCAUUCAAUUUGAUUCAGCCGUUACAAAGUUAUGUUUGUUUAGGUGUUCAAAUUUUGUCAAAUUUUGUCGAGUCAAGUCAAAUUUUGGUCACACAAUUUUUUUCAUAACUUUAGAUUGCGUACACCAAAACAGCUGAUUUUUGGAUCAGUAAUGGUACAUUAUAUGUAGCUUGUACCAUAAAAUUUUCAUCAAAAUCGGUCUAGUAUUUGCGGAGAUAUUGUUGAACCCUGAGAUCCGCAAUUUUAAAAUUUUGUGCAAAGAGGAUUCAUACAUUUUACUGUUUUAUUUAUAGAGCCAGAGAUACUUAACCGAUUUCAAUGAAAAUUUUUCUGUAUGUGUAGUAUGCAUAUCAAAAUGUUGUGUAAAAAUUUCAUUCAAUUUGAUCCAGCCGUUACAAAGUUAUGUUUGCUUAAGUGGCACCCGGUCAGUUUUUUUCAUAUUCAAACUGCUACAACUUUGAAAGUAUUCAUACAAAAUGGCUCAAAAUUUUACUAAGAACGUAUUUUCAUAAUAGUACUUUACUGUAAAAUUUUGAUAAAAAUCGGAGCAGUAUUGGUAGUUCUAUAAUCAAAAUUGUGCUUUAUUGACCUUAAAUUUCCGAAAAUUUACUAUGGAGCGCCUUUGUACAAAAUUUUAAAAAGGUAGGUCGAUGGAAUUGUCUAUAUAUCAACCAAUACUCAAUCGAUUUUGAUGAAAAUUUUAUGGUAUAAGCUACAUAUAAUGUAGCAUUACUGGUCCAAAAUUCAGCUGUUUUGGUGUACGCAGUCUAAAGUUAUGAAAAAAAUUGUGUGACCAAAUUUUGACCGUAUCACCCUUUACAACUCGGGUGUGUUUACUUAGGCACAAUCGACCACCGCCGCGCCGUUGGCCUCUCCUAGUGUGGAGUUAUUAAAAGCUUUUUCAUCAACUGCACUCGUGCCCGCGGAUUUUGUGCGCCGUUUGCUUGAAAUUCUACCAAAGAUACCUAGGCACAUUUCACCAGAAGAAGGAAGCUCCCUUCAACCUUUAGCCUCCCACCAACUUUGGUGAAAGAUUUUCCUCCUCCUCCCGAAUGUAGUACCUACUCCAUCCGGAAUCUGAACUCGCGCGCAGAGCGGUGAAUAAUCCAGAGUAUGUAGAUUUUUCUCGCGCGUCUAGUGCAAAGUCAUCGUCAUUAUUUUAAUAGCCCGGCGCGCGGCGCGCACUCAUUCGACUCGCAUGCGAUUGGGCUACACACACGGGGGCAGUAGUGGACGAAAUAAAUUUUACAGUGAUGUAUUUCCAUUGUUAGUCAAAUGUUGGUUUUUGCAUUAUUCUUAGCUACUCAAAAACACAGAAUCUGGCUUUAGCUAGCGGCGGUACAGACUGAACUUAACACUAUACAAUAGGGUGCGGGCACCGGUUUUGGCCAGUCUAAGGAAAAUCAUUUUUAUAAAAAUAAUCAAUAAUCCUAUGAAAACAAUCAAUGCGUCAAAUAAAAGGUUACAAUCUAUGUUUUGAAGGAAAAAUGCGGAAACCAAGCCAAUACUUGAUAUUUGUAUCAAAAGUGGCACUGGCCAAAAUAGAAGCUCUGCCGCAGUUUUGGCCAUAUUCUUAAGUUUGGUUUCUAUUUUGGCCAAUCACGUGUAUUUCUUAUGGGAGUGGCCAAAUUAGAAGCACCCUGGCCAAAAUAGAUAUAUGUGAGCAGAUUUUUUAAGGAAAUAGGGUAUAUGGAUCAUUCCUUGGCCUAAUUUGCAAACCGCCUUGACAAUUUUGACCAUAACUCAUGAAUUAAUAGCACUAGAAAUAAUAUGUUGACCCUAUUACGCACUCUAGGCAAUGCAUGUUUCACCAACUGGAAGUAAACUUACGUAAAUAUUCAAGAACUUACUUAACUAAGUUGAAAAGAUUCGAUGUGAUGGUAUGCAACGUUGGUCUAUGGUACAUAAAUUGGCCUAUUAGUGGAUACAACGUUGGCCUAUUGCUUUCCAUGCACUAGGACCACUUAUUAUUUCAUUUUUUCAAUAUUUCUGCUGAGGUAUUAUCUCUGUUUGUUCACCAAUCAUACUUUCAAAUUACAUUUUCGGAGCCAAAUUUUCAAAAAACUAUAAAUAAAUCACUUAAACUAAAGUUCUUUCUUUUUUAGUAACGAAAACAAUGCAACCCGAUUAUUGUGUUAUAUUUUUACAGUCACCGCACACAAAAUCUAUCUUUCUGUUCGUUCUUUCUGGUUCUUACGCAAGCAAUGUUGUUGGCGUCACUUUAUCGGUGUUUUUGACGUCACUUUACUGAUGGGCCAAGAUUUGGGUACAUAGUGAAAAAAAUGUCCUCAAUAUUCGGCCCACAUGUAAUUUGUAAAAUAGUUAUUAUUCGUUAAAAACAAACAUACAAAUUCAAAACAGCAUCUUUGACCGUCGCAUUAAAUGUUCAGUUAUUGAAAAGGCAAUUCGAAAUAUUCCAGAAUCAUGCCAUUUAUGAUCAUGUGUAAAGACUACCCACUAAGCCGAAGAAUCAUGUCGUCUACAAAAGCUAAACAAGUGACAUUUUCAUACAGUUUUAAUACUCCAAAGUGCUAAAAUUGAAACGAAAUGUUACAGGUGUUUGGCGCAAAGCUUUUCCGAUAUCCAGUUCGGCGUGUUUGUUUGAGUUUUUGGAUAACGUUAAGAUAGGCCGAACGAGGGGACUAUGCCAACGAAGCAUCCCGAUACCCUAUAUUUUUUUCUUCCAGUUUUUAAUCGAAAUGUGUGGUUUUCACAGCUGUAAUCAUCAUAUUGUAUUAGGAUCAACUAGUAAAAAUUAAAUUUACGCCGAUUUAGAUCGCAACAGGCUCAAUACCGCACUAUGGCCAAAACUCCGGACUGGCCAAAACUGAAGCUUCUACCCUAUAUUAACUAAAAAGAUUUAAACAUUUUUGCUUGAUUCGUUUUAGCAGCCACGACGUCAAGAUCAUCAUUGGAGAUCUAAACACUCAGAUAGGACAUGAGGAGGAAUUCAGACCGACGAUUGGAAACCUUAGCGCCCACCAGCAGACGAACGAAAACGGCUUACGACUCAUUGAUAUCGCCGCCUCCAAAAACAUGGCCAGACGUAGCACCUUUUUCCAACACAGCCUCCCGUAUCGUUACACCUGGAGAUCACCACAGCAGACGGAAUCUCAAACCGACCACGUUCUGAUUGAUGGACGGCACUUCUCCGACAUUAUCGACGUCAGGACCUAUCGUGGCGACAACAUCGACUCCGACCACUAUCUGGUGAAGGUCAAACUGCGCCCAAAACUCUCCGUCAUCAACAAUGUACCGUACCGGCAACCUAGAGCGAAUAAAACAACCGGAUGUCGCCUCAGCAUACGCGAAGAAUCUCGAGGUCGCGUUGCCAGACGAAGACGAGCUCGAUCAGGCCCCUCUAGAGGACUGCUGGAUUACAGUGAAAGCAGUCAUCAACGACGCAGCCGAGAGCACCAUCGAAUACGUGGAACGGAAUCGACGGAACGAAUGGUUCGACGAAGAGUGCAGAACGGUUUUGGAGGAGGAGAAGAACGCAGCGCGAACGGUAAUGUUGCAGCAAGGGACCCGACAGAAUGUGGAAGUGGAAGAAGCGAAGUGCAAAAAAUGGAACUGCUGUGCCGUUCCCAAGAAACACGGAAGUUCUAUCAGAAGCUCAACGCAUCCCGCAACGGCUUCGUGCCGCGAGUCGAAAUAUGCAGGGAUAAGGACGAAGGCCUCUUGACGGACGGAUGUGAGAUGAUCGAAAGGUGGAAGCAGCAGCAAUUCAUGAUUAUUUAAAAACAACGUCUACUUUUAGAAUUUGUCAAGUGAUUCCUACCGGAAUUUCUCCAAUAAUUUCUCAAAGAAUGCUGGAAUUAUUGCAGGAGCCCUCUACAUGAUUCCAGCAAAAAUACCCUCAAAAGAAACCUCCAGAAAAUCCUUUGGAAUUUCCUUCAGUUUUUUUUUGAGAUUUUUUCAGGAAUACCUCUAGAUUUGUCUAGAAAUUCUUCUACAUAUUCCUUCCAUAAGUAUUCCACAAUUUUACAAUUUUUUGCAAGUAAGUUCGGGCAUGUUAGCGGGGCCAGACAGUUCUUCACAGAUGGUUCCAAAACCGAUGAUUCGACUGGAUUCGAUGUCUACAACGAAUUUCAUAGCGCCACCUUCAUGCUUCAAAAGCCAUGUUCGGUAUACAUUGCUGAGCUAGUGGCUAUAUACUACACCUUAGAGUACAUUCGCACUCUUCCACCUGAGCACUACUUCAUUUUUACCGACAGUCUAAGCUCUCUGGAGGCAGUUCGGUCAAUGAAACCGAUGAAGCACUCAGCGUACUUUCUGAAAGGAAUACGCCAAGUCUUGAGUGCUUUGUCCAAACGCUCAUACAUCAUCACCAUAGCUUGGGUCCCUUCACUUUGCUCAAUUCCGGGCAAUGAGAAAGCGGACUCUCUGGCUAAGGUGGGCGCUAGCGAAGGCGAUAUUUACGAGCGUCAAAUCGCCUUCGACGAAUUUUUGUCAUUGGCCCGUCAGGAGACCUUGAUCAGCUGGCAACACAAAUGGAGAGAUGGGGAGAUGGGUAGAUGGUUGCACUCCAUCAUUCCACAGGUAUCGAAGAAGCCAUGGUUCAAAGGGUUGGAUUUAGGCCGCGAUUUCAUUCGUGUGAUGUGUCGGCUGAUGUCCAAUCACUAUUUGUUGAAUGCACAUACCUUCCAUAUUGGGCUCUCAGAAAGCAAUCUCUGUGUCUGUGGCGUGGCUUACCAGGAUAUCGAAGGACUUUUUUUGGAAUACAUGAACCUGAUUUACCAGUUUUUGAAACGUGUUGAUGUCAGAGUUUGAUGUAGUACGUUCCUUGUUUUCGUUGUCCGCCUUUUGGUUUUGUUGUUCGCCCCUGUCUGUCGUCACCCCCUUUCCGUAUGUCCUCUUCUUGUCGUUUUGUACCGAUAAAGUCCUUUCUUUUUGGUUCCGUUACAGAUAUGGACAAUUUGUCUUAUCAAUGUGUUAGUAUAAGUUAGCAAAUAAUUUAGUUUUAAACCCAUAAAUCCCUCCUUCUCAAUUUUAUUUUACUUUUUUUUUCAAUCCUUAACCUCGAGACAGCCGCGAGUACUUCGGCUUCCCAAACUAACAUAGUUUUAAGGCAGUAACAAAUUGUAAAAUGUAAAAUCAUUGUAAAAACAAAAGAUUUCGGCUCAGUUAUGCCCAUGUGGCGCUCGAGCCUUCCAAAUUAACGAAUAAGUAAAAAAAAAUCUUCAAAAAUUUAAUUUCUGCAGAAAUUCCUCACAAGUUGCAAAGGUGUUCCUCUAGUGAAUCCGACAAGUUAUUUAAUCAGUAAUUCCUUAAGAGAUUCUUUCAGGAAGUUCUCCAGAGGUUCCUUCGAGUAUUCAUCUCGGAAUUUCAUUUUUUUUGAUUGAUUGAUUUAGCUUUAUCAUAGAGACCUUCAGCCCUUAGCUGGUUCGUCUCUUUUUUGAUAUCUGGUGGGCAAGAAGUACUCACCGAGGGAAAAAUACAGAUUUUCAGAAUUAAUUCUUUUCUUGCAGGAAUUAUUUUUUAAUUUUUGUUGAAGCUCCUCGAGAGAUUCCUCUCAGGAAUUCUUCCAAAGAUUCUCUCAAACAUUACUUCAAAAAUUCUUCUAAAAAAUCUCAAGAGAUUCUUCUGUAAGUUCCUCCAGAAGAGUUUCUCAGAAAUACCUCAAACAUUUCUCCAAGGAUUGCACCAUAAACUUCUCUUGGAAUUCAUUGAAAUCCUUCUUCGAGGAUUCUUUCAGAAAUUUUUCUAGGCACCCUUCUGGUAUCCUUUCAGAAAUCAUUUCCAGAUUUAUUUCUUUGCAUUUAUCCAGGAAUAUCUCAAGAAAUUCUUCAUAGAAAUCCUGCAGAGCAUUAGCCAGAUUUCCAGGCAUUUCUUUAGAGAUUUAUUCGAAGAAUAUUUAUCGAAUUUAUUUAGAAGUUUUUCGGAAAUCUCUCAAGACUUUUUUUUAGAAACUCCUCCAGAAUUUUAUCCUUAAUUUGCUUCAAAAGUUUCGCAUGCACAAUUCUUCUAAGAAUUCUUGCGAAGGGUGUUCAUCCAGGUAUACCCCAGAGAUUACUCCUCAAAAGGUUACUUCAAAAAUUGGUUUAAAGCAUUUUGUUCAAUAAUCAUUUCACGAAUUCUCAAAAACAAAUUCCUUGAAUUUCCAGAGGUAUCUCCAGGAAUUCCUUGAAAAGUUCCUUUAAGAAAUCCUUGAAAUAUUUCUCCAACAUUUUUCUUGUGUAAUUUCAUGAAGUACUUUUGUGAAAUCUGUGAAGGAAUAUCAGAACCAAUUCCUGGGAGGAAUCUCUGUAGGAAUCCCAGGAGAUAUUUUUGAAGGAACUGUAGGAGCAGUACCCAAAAAUAAACCUUCUAGAAGUUUCUUCAAUAUCUCCUGACAAAAUUUUUCAAGGGAUUGCUGGAUGAACCCUUGAAAGCAUUUCCGAAGGAAUCGCUGAAGAUUUUUUUUUUUGAUAAAAUUCUAGAUGAAUUCCCGAAAAAAAUCCAUCACCAUUCUCAGUGUUGGUAAACUCACACUCAAAGCCCACUCAUGAAUCGCUCCUGCGUGAGCAAGCUCGCGCGCGAUUCUGAAUCGUUUUCUCACGCGCGAGAAUUUCAUGAAAAAUCUCACUCUCACGAGUCAAGCGCCAAAAUCUCGUUUGCUUGUAAAACAAAUCCAAAUCAAUUUGAACGGCAUUCAAUGUUGUUGUACGCUAGAUUUGUUUUUGUUCUACCAUACAAUCCUAAAAACAUCGAUUUAAAUAUUAAGAACACCAAGAAAUAAAACAAUGAGUGAAAUUAUGAGUCAACUCAUGCAUGAUUUUUUCGGCGGUGAUUUUGGCGAGUCAAGAAUCGCGCGUGAAACAACUCAACCAUGAGAUUUGAGAAUUUGAGUUUUUACCAACACUGACCAUUCUAAUGGAAUUCCUUGCUGGCAUUCAUAGGAAAAAUCCUUAAACUACUGAAGGAGUCUCUGGAAAUAUUUCUGAAGGAGUGCUUGAAAAAGUUUCAGAAAGAAUCCAUGGAGGAACUUGUGAAAGAAUCCUUGAAGGAAUUUUUGAAUAAAUCUUUUAUAUAUUUUUUUGUCGAAAUCUCUGCAGAUAUUGUUUAAAAAAUCUUUGGAGGAUGAACUGAAAAACCCCCAAAGGUACUUCCCGGAAAAGUCCUGGAAGGUGUUGCUGAAGAAAUUUCACGAGUAAUACCUGGAAAAACUUAUUGAGAAACCCUUGGCGAAAAUCUUUUUGGAAAUUUAUUUGCAAAUAUUCAGAGGAAUUCCUGGAGUCCCUUUUCAAAAUUCAUGGAUUUUCUGGAAAAAAUACCCGAUGGAGUCGUGAAAGUUCUCUUAAGGAAAUUCCAAACAUGACUUCAGAAAUUGCUUCUGAGAAUUUUGUUCAAGAAUCAUUUCACGAAAUUUCCAAAAAAAAAUCUUGGAAUUUCCAGAGGUAUCUCCAGGAAUUCCUUGAAAUGUUCCUCUAAGAAAUCCUUGAAAUAUUUCUACAGCAUUUUUUGUGUAAUUUCAUGAAGUACUUGCGUAAAUCCGUGAAGGAAUAUCAGAAAGAAUUCCAUAGAGAAUCUCUGUAGGACUACCAGGAGAUGUUUUAGUAGAAACCGCAGAAACAGUACCCAAAAAAAAAACCUUCUAGUAGUUUCUUCAAUAUCUCCUGACAAUUUUUUUUAAGGGAUUGCUGGAUGAAUCAUUGGAAGCACUUCCGAAGGCAUCGCUGAAGAUUUUUUGAAAAACUUCUGGAUAAAUUCCCAAAACAAAUCCAUUUCCAUUCUGAUGAAAUUCUUUGCUGGCAUUCAUAGGGAAAACUCUUGAACUACUGAAGGAGUCUUUGGAAAUAUUCUGGAGGAAUGCUUGAAGAAGUUUCAGAAAGAAUCCAUGGAGAAACUUCUAAAAGAAUCCUUUGAAUAAUUUUUUAUCUAAUUUCUGUAAAAAUCUCUGGACUGGAGACAUUAUUUAAAAAAUCUCCGGAGGAAUAACUGAAAAACUUCGCCUAGAAGGUGUUUCUUAAGAAAUUCUACGAGUAAUUUCUGGAAAAACUAAUUGAGAAGCCCUUGGCGGAAUUCUUUUUGUAAAUUUAUAAGGAAAUAUUCAGAGGAAUUCCUGAAGGAGUCCUAUAAAAAUUCAUGGAUUUUUUGAAAAAAAAAAAUACCCGGAGGAAGUGGUGAAAGUUUUCUUAAAGAAACCCUAUAAGAAUGUCUAGCGAAACACUAACUUGUGUAAAGUAAAAUGGAAAAAUGUCAUGAGAAAUUUUCAAACGGAUUUAUGUAAUAGUUUCUAGAGAAGACUUCUACAGAAAUUUCUGAAAACAGUUUUAGAAGAAAUCCUGGAAGAAUUUCCUAGAAAAUACAUGGGAAUUUCUAUAGAGGAAUCACUGCACGCAUAUAUGUAGGAAUCUCUAGAAGGAAUACCUGCUUGGAACCGUGGAGAAAUUUAUUGAAGAACCCCGGAAUGAAUUUUUGAAGGAACCGAUGAAGGAGUUCCUGAAUGAAUCAAGGGAUUACUUUAUAAAGGCAUUCCAGGAGAUAUUUCUAAAAGGGCAAAGUAAAUAAAUUACGUCACGCUUUGAUGAGGGAGGGAAGAUCAGACUCAUGCAAAAUUUUCAGAAAUCCCACUCAAAAAGUUUGCCAUAGGUUGAUGAGAAUGGUUUUUUUUUUGCGUGACGCAUUUUAAGGGCUUUCCUAUUAAUGUAGCAUUUUUAGAAGUAAUCCAUAGAAGGUCCUCAAUAGAAAAUUUUAGGAAAACUAAUGGAGCAAUCUCUGGUUUUUUUUAAGAAAUCUUUGGUAGAAUUUUUUUUUUAUGCUUUAUUUCUGAUCAGGGAUUUUCUGCCGCAGGCAGGUUCAUCCCGGACAGAAUUUCUAAAGGGAACUUGGGAGAUAUUUUUUAACGAAUCACUGGUGAAUUAUCUUAAGGCAUCACUAAAGAAUAUUUCUGUAAGAAUAUUUGUAAGAUUUUUCGAACAAAUCCGUGGAGAAAUUUAUGCAACAAAUUUAAACUAUUGAUUUUCUAAAAAAAAGGCUGUAAAAAUGUCUGGAAUCUCGGAAAAAAAUCUUAAAUAAUCCAUAGAGGAAUUUCUUAAGCAUGGGAGGUUUUCUAGAAAAAUUCCUGAAGGUUCCUCUAGAGGAAGGGGUUUAUGAAAAAAAUCAUAUAACAGUUCCUCCAAGAAUACCUGAAAAAAAAAUCCCGGAAUUAUAUUGAAUGUUCAGUAGAAUCAGGAAUUUAGUUACUCGUCGUCGGAUAGGCGAUUCUAAGCCUCAACAAUUAGGCUAUCGGGAGUUCAUCCGAAAUAUACUUAGAAAAUUGAAAAAAGCCACAAAGAAUACGAAAGGAAAUCCACCAUAAACGGCAUACGUAAAUUGUCAUAAGAAAACGUCCAAAGCGUGGACCUUCAAGGUAUUGCAAUAAUGAUGAUGAUGUUAAUAAUGAAAUCAUAAACAAAUUUGCAAAAGAUUCAUUAAAAAUCUAAAAAAAUACGACAAAAAUUCAUAAGAAAAAAAGAAAACUGUCAUAAAUUAUCACAAUUUUUACUAUCAGAACUAAACAGAUGGUUCGGCACUGGCAGGCGGUCUUGCUGGUGUGCAGAACCCAGGCCACAUGUUGAACGGUUUCUAUUCCAAGUUAUCAAAUAUCGCUGCAAGUGAAUUCUAUACAAACAAACAGGAUAUUUGAUGUUUAAUAUGACUAUAAAAAAAGGAUGAAUCGAACUCACCAAUUUCUUCGGAUGAUUUUUUUUUAAUUAUCUGGUUCUACAAGACUUAGCAUGAGAUCAAAUUGAAACAUUUCUGAUAAAAAUAAAAUGGAAAAAUUAGUUACAAAAAACUUCGCCUUAUAAACCAGAAUAAGACACCGUAAAAGCUGUAUUUUGAUAUUAAAAAAUAUUGUCCUAGGGUAGAAGCUUCAGUUUUAACCAAUCGUAAAUUUUGGCCAGUGUCUUAUACAUCAAUCGAUAUAAACAGAACGUGCCAAUGUUGUAUGGACACUUAUGGCAAAAACAAAUGAAAGUAUCUAAAACCAUGAAAUAUGAUGGAAAAAUUGUAUAAAAAAUCCUUGAGAAAUCGCCUCCCAUACAAGAAAGCUUCUAAAUCAAUCUAAGAAAUACACGUACACAGUGAAUUACAUAUAAUUAAAAAUCUAAAAUAAUAACAUGUAUACAUGAAAAGCCACCCAGAAGAGCAUUCCUUAUGCAAAUACCUCAAAAAUGAUGGACGGUAUACACUACGACCCUUGGAAAAAGCCAAAUCCCCAGGUCGAAACGUCGGGAAUGUAGAUAAAAAUCGUUCUUGAUUCGAAUUUUUUUCAAGGAUACUGUGAAAAAUGAGGAAGUGCUUAAUAACACAAAUGUGAACAGCAGUCACUGUAAUUAGCAGGAACGCCUGUGCCAUGCAAUUUGGCAGAACGACGUUUGGAAGCUAACGUAGGUCCCAUAUAAAAAAGUGCGACAAAUUGGAUUGCGAGAACUAUCGGGCGAUCACACUACUGAGCGCUGCCUACAAGAUACUCUCUUAAAUUUUAUGCCGCCGUCUAUCACCGAUUGCAAGAGAGUUCGUGGGGCAAUAUCAGGCUGGAUUUAUGGGUGAAUGUGCUACAACAGACCACAUGUUCGCCAUCCGCUAGGUGUUGCAGAAAUGCCGCGAAUACAACGUGCACACACAUCUUUUGUUCAUCGAUUUUAAAUCGGCGUAUGAUAAAAUCGAUUGAGACCGGCUUUGGCAGAUUAUGCACGAGUACGAAUUCUCGGAUAACCAGGUACGAUGGAUCGAGCAAUGUGCGUAGUUCGAGUAUUGUGACGCCCCUCGGGCGAUACGCACCUUACAUCGUCGACCUUGGUUCGUCGACCGUCGGUACAAUUGACAUUCCAUUGUCCGAUAGGACGAUUGACGUGAUCACUGGAUAUGACAGCAAAGGAGUUGAGAAAAAUGCUGAUUCAUGAUGAUGUGUGGAAUAUGCAGUGAAAAAUCAGAAAACUAUUUGAGAAUAAUUCGUGCCUAUAAUUGAAUUCCGUGAAAUGUUCUUAAUCUAGUUAAAAGUGAAGUAUUUACUAACUUAUUUGAGAAUAAUUCGUGCCUAUAAUUGAAUUCCGUGAAAUGUUCUUAAUCUAGUUAAAAGUGAAGUAUUUACUAACUUAUUUAGCAAAUGAAAUCGAGAAAUUUAUUAUUUUCUUACCCAGAUAGCUAUUACCUGCGUUAAAUUCUUAGUCAACAAGUGACUAGUAAUCAAUUUGUUAUUCUAAAAAUUGUUUAUCCUACAACUUAAUAUCUAACUUAUCAAGGUAAGAACACAUAAGUGAAUGGAUCAAAAUAUAUCCUAAACGUUAUAAAUCUAAUGUUUCAUGCAGCUAAACUUAAGUACGGAGGAGACCUGAUCCAGACAAUUGAGGUAGAAGAGAUUUGAGAGGCACUAAACGUAAGCAAAAUGAAUUAAAAUGUCAAUCUCGUAAUAACAAAACUUUAUAUUAAAGGAAAUUUUAACCAGUCAAAAGUUCGCGUUGGUUCAUUUUUUCGGAAGACGAUCCCUCCAGUUGGCGCGGCCAACAUAUUAAAAUUUCGUUUACCCCGGAACGAUGUCGGAUCCAGGUAUGGAUGCUGCGAAGAAGACCAAAGGUAAGCAGCAGAAGUCUCCUCCUAGUAUAAGGUCAGUAAAUAAAGAACCCCCCAAAGACCCGUCUAAACAGACCCAGAACAAAGCCUCGAAAAGCGACAUCGUCGCCAGUUCGAUCUCUAAACCUCUAAAUCCCCCUAAAUCAAACCCUCAAUCCACCAUUUCGGCUGAAAAGAGUUGUGCGUUAUGCGAAAACCCGGUCAAUGAGCGUAUGGUGCAAUGCAAUACAUGUGACGUGUGGCAUCAUUUCUCGUGCGUGGGUGUUUCCGAGGAUAUCAAGGGCUACAAUUGGACCUGCUUGAAAUGCGAUACCGCGAAGGCAGCCAAAGGUGCGAUUCCACGGAAGAUGAUGACGCGAGCUGCAGCUGCAAAAGGUGUAAAGAAGGCAAAUCGGAAGGAGGGGCAGACAGAUGGAGUGAACGAGCAGACGAAAGAGGCCGAUGAGCUAGCCGGUGCAGUCGGAGGGUCAGCUCCAAGCUUGAAAGCGAGCCGGGCCGGUUCCGUAGUUUCAGCAGCAUCACGAAAGUCGGCGAAAGCUCGUUUGGAUGUGGAACUGCAGCAGAUCAAAGCUGAGGAGGAGUUGAUGCGAGAAGAAAUGCAACGGAAGCGAGAAUUGGCGAAGAAGAAGUUCGAGGUCCUGAAGGAGAUGGCUGAUCUGGAAGGUAGUGGCGAAUCCGCUGUUGAUCAGCCGAAUGUCGUCAAUAAAGUAGAGCACUGGUUGAAGCGUCACAGCGAGAUCCGUGAAAAGGGCAAGCAGUCGUACAAGGAAGCCAGAGAUUAUGAUUCUGAAGACGGCGUGGAAACCGAGGCUUCGAGUGAAAUUUCAGCCUCUGGUAGCGAAUCAGAUAGUGACGAAGAGACGUCGACGGACAACGGAGCGGAUCGAGAUGGUAGAGCAGAUGGAGCGCAAUCCGUCGGAGAGCUCGUAGGCCGAAGGCAUCUCAGGCCUAAAAUGACCUCGACCAGGAAGGUCCCGAAAGGUGGAAGUAGCAACCGAUCUGGAACGGAGCGACAACAAUCAUUGCGGAGCGACAGGAAGCUUUCGAAGGAUGAACUAGCAGCCCGUCAAGUUGUUCCUCGUGAACUGCCGAAGUUUAACGGUAAUCCGGAGGAAUGGCCGAUGUUUGUGUCAACGUACGAAGAUACUUCAGCCAUGUGUGGAUACACGGACGCCGAAAACAUGAUUCGCCUCAGGAACUGUUUGAAGGGAGAUGCGUUCAACGCUGUCCGAAGUUUUUUGAUGCGGCCUGAAACCGUGGGAAGAGCGAUCAGUGCGUUGAAGCUGCGGUUUGGCAGACCGGAGACGAUUAUCGACUACUUAAAGGAGAAAAUAAUAGCAAUGCCGAUCAUCAAGCCGGACGCGAUGGACAAGCUGGUCGACUUUGCGCUGGAAGUUCAAAACCUCUGUGCUACGAUAGAAGCUUGCGGAGAGAAGCAGUACAUGUGUGAUACGACGUUGCUGAAGGAAUUCGAGAAGAAGUUGCCACCGCAACUUAGACUGGACUGGGCCCGAUACAAGAGGAAGUUGCGGAAAGUGAAGCUGUCCACGUUUAGCCGGUGGAUAUACAACCUAGCAGAGGACGUGAACGUGGUUUUCGAGCCGCAGUACCGUGGAAGCAAGACGCAGGAGUUCAGAGCAGUUCGUAAGGAGAAAUACGUUAACACUCACGCAGAAGUUCCAGUCAAGGAAAGAAGUCAGCCAGCUCGGACAACGCAGCAGUCAGCAAUCGUAGGAAGCGGAGAUAACAAACCCUGUCCGGCCUGCAAAGGCGAUUGCAAAUGUCUGGCGAAAUGCAAGAGGUUCCUGGAGUUGUCUUAUGAGUCGAAAUGGGCAACUGUUCGUGGUUUCAAUUUCUGCCGCAAGUGUCUUCGGCAGCACAAAGGUGGAUGUAAUUCUGGAGAAUGUGGGAAGAACGGUUGCACCUUCAAGCAUCAUGUAUUGCUUCACAAGGAUUUCGCUGCACCCGCUACAACGAGCAAAGACACGUCCAACGUAGGCGGAUCUCCAAAGCAGAAUGAAGAACGCAAUGUCAACACGCAUCGAUCGGAUACGGGUCCAGGUUCGUUUCGCUAUUUGCCGGUGACUCUGUUUGGCGACGGAGUACAAGUCAGCUGUCACGCCUUCUUAGAUGACGGAUCGGAGUUAACUCUCAUCGAUCAGCAGCUUGCGGAGGACCUGAAGCUCUUUGGAACGGUUCUUCCCCUCUGCCUGAAAUGGACGGGAGGUACCCAUCGCUACGAAUCUGACUCACAGAGUAUCAACGUCGAAAUAUGCGGAAAGGAUGGAAAGCGGAUGUUAUUGCAGGACGUGAGGACUGUCGAAGAGCUGCAACUGCCGUACCAGUCACUAGAUAUGGACCAACUCUCGGAGCGGCACGGCUACCUGCGUGGUCUGCCCGUGGACUCGUAUUGUAACGUUCGUCCACGAAUACUGAUUGGAUUGAAGCAUGCCAACCUAAUGCUGGUGCGAAGGAGUCGUGAAGGCAAGAUGGGUGAGCCAAUCGCCGUCAAAACCAAUCUUGGCUGGACUGUAUACGGUGGCUGGGCAUCGCAAGACUCUUCGAGUACAGCCAGUCAUACGUACCACAUCUGCUCCUGCAACGAACCAGACCUGACGCAUCUGAAUCAGAUGGUGAAAGAUUACUUCUCCAUGGAUAGUUUGGUAGUUCAACCGAGUCACGCUGGACGGCUUUCUAAAGACGAUGAACGCGCCAUGGCUCUUCUGGAAUCUCGCACUCACUUCAACGGAGAACGUUACGAAGCCGGCCUGUUAUGGCGGUCCGACAAAAUCCGUCUGCCGGACAACAAAGCAGUUGCAGUUCGUCGUUGGAGAUGCUUGGAAAAACGCAUGGAGAAGGACACGGAGUUAGCGAGCAUCCUGCAUGAAAAGAUUGCGGAAUACAGAUCGAAAAACUACAUCCGCAAGCUAACGUCGGAGGAGCUGUCAACAAAAUACGAGCGGGUAUGGUACUUGCCCAUUUUUCCGGUGUACAAUCCGAAUAAGCCAGGCAAGGUCCGGAUUGUGUGGGACGCUGCCGCCGAAGCAUACGGGAUAUCACUGAAUUCGGUGCUCCUCACUGGCCCAGACCAGUUAGCGUCUCUUGUGGGCAUCCUGUACCAAUUCCGUGAGCAUCGAAUAGGCGUUUGUGCCGACAUCCGUGAGAUGUUCCAUCAGGUCGACAUCAAUCCUGAGGACCAGCAAUGUCAGCGUUUUCUUUGGCGUGACCGAGACGAACACGGUGAUCCAAGCAUCUACGUCAUGCAGGUAAUGACAUUCGGGGCGAGCUGUUCUCCUGCCACAGCCCAGUUUGUGAAGAACAAGAACGCCGAAAGAUUCGAAGAAGAAUAUCCAACAGCGGUAGCGGUCAUCAAAAAACGACACUACGUGGAUGACAUGGUUUUCAGCGUUGAAACGGAGCAAGAAGCAGUUGAACUGGCGGAGUCGGUGCGUUUCAUUCACAUGGAGGGUGGAUUUGAAAUCCGCAAUUGGGUUUCCAAUUCUCCGUUGGUGCUUUCCACUAUGAAUGGAGAAGAGUCAACGGAAAAGGACCUGAACAUAUCUGCGGAGGUGGCGAGUCAAAAAAUCCUCGGAAUGUGGUGGCAUACGAAAGACGACGUGUUCAAAUACAAAAUAUGCUGGACCAGAUUUGAUUCGGCGCUGCUUGAUGGAAGUCGUUGCCCUACUAAACGGGAGAUCCUUCGGACGCUGAUGACCAUAUACGACCCUCUAGGUCUCAUCGACCACUUUCUGGUGUUGCUGAAAAUCUUGCUACAGGAAGUUUGGCGUGCUAGUGUUGACUGGGACGAACGAAUUCCCGACAACCUGUUCGAGAAGUGGCGUGACUGGCUUCAAUUGCUACCCGAGGUAGAGAAAUUACGGAUUCCUAGGUGUUACCGGCAAGUUGUUUCAUCCUUGGACGCAGCUUUCAUCGAAGUUCACGUAUUCGUUGACGCAAGCGAAAGUGCAAUGGCAGCGGCAGUGUUCUUGCGACUCGUAGAAGGGAAUCAAGUGGAAUGUUCGCUGAUUGCUGCAAAGACUCGCGUAGCACCCCUGAAGUACACCUCCAUUCCACGGUUAGAACUACAGGCUGCAGUCUACGGGUGUAGAUUGGCGAAGAACGUUAUAGGAAAUCUGACGGUGAACAUCUCCAAGUGUACCUACUGGACUGACUCCCGAAACGUUCUGUGUUGGUUAAAAGCCGAUCAUAAACGUUACAGUGCUUUCGUCGGGUCAAGGGUAAGCGAAAUACAAGAAUCGACAGACGUCCGCGAGUGGAGAUGGGUUCCGACUCGUUCUAACGUUGCUGAUGAUGGAACAAGAUGGCGAGAUCGACUCGACUUGUCAGCGAGUAGCAGGUGGUUCAAAGGACCAGAAUUCUUGAUGCAAGCGGAAGAAAACUGGCCAACACUUCCACAAAAGUUGCUUUCCACUGAGGAAGAAAUGCGACCCAGCGUGUUGCUUCACUUCAAAGUUCCCGAACCUGCGAUAGAUGUGGGAAGAUUUUCGAGUUGGCGGCGAUUGCUAGCGGUAACUGGAUACGUCCUUCGAUUCUGCUUGAACCUUCAACGUCGUCGUAGUCAGCAUCCACUCAGAACUGGACCGUUAUCAAGCGAAGAACUUCGGGAAGCGGAAGAACACCAUUACCGGCAAGCGCAACGAGAUGUGUACCAGGACGAAGUCGCAGCGCUGGAGACGAAAGAAUCCACUAUCAAACGUAUUCCAAAGACGAGUCCACUUUACAAGUUGAGCCCGUUCGUUGACGAAUCCGGUGUAAUGAGGAUGAAAGGGAGAACCACUGUGUGCGCGUAUUUGCACAGUGACGCCAAGAAUCCUGUUAUUCUACCUCCAAGGCAUCCAGUAACAUCAUUAAUAUUAGUCCAUUACCACGAAAAGUUUUUGCACCGCAACUACGAAAUAGUAGUCAACGAAGUCCGCCAGAAGUACAGCAUCUUCCGCCUGAGACAAGCCCUUGCUGCGAUACGUAGAAACUGCCAGUGGUGCAAAAACCGUGACGUUCUUCCUCAACCGCCGGAAAUGGCAGAUCUUCCUGCGGCCCGACUGUCUGCGUACACAAGGCCAUUCGCACACGUAGGGGUGGAUUAUUUUGGCCCAAUUGAGGUAACGGUAGGUCGAAGGGUCGAGAAAAGAUGGGGGGUUCUACUGACUUGUUUAACGGUAAGGGCCGUUCAUAUUGAGGUAGCGCACUCUCUGACAACUAGUUCCUGCAUAAUGGCAUUGAGGAAUUUCACGGCACGUAGAGGUACACCGGUCAGCUUUUACAGCGACAGGGGUACCAAUUUUGUGGGCGCAAACCGGGAGCUUCAGGAAACCAUGGAAGCGGUCAACCAGAACCAGGUGAUGCGUGAGUUUGUCACCUCAUCUACUGCUUGGCAGUUCAACCCACCGGCGGCACCCCACAUGGGCGGCAGUUGGGAGAGGCUUAUCCAAUCGGUCAAGCGAAACCUGGUGGAAGUUCUACAUGCGCGUCGGCCAACUGAUGAGGAGCUACGCAAUGCGUUGACGGAAAUAGAAGGUGUGCUGAAUGCACGCCCUCUGACUCACGUGCCCAUUGAUGACGAAGCGGCACCAGCGUUAACCCCCAACCACUUCCUGUUGGGUUCAUCCGACGGUUCCAAACCGUUGUCCCUGAUUGAUGCGGAUACUGCUGCACUACGGCGAGGUCAUCCGACCUCCCAAUGGUUGGCGAAUCUCUUUUGGAAGCGAUGGGUUAGGGACUACCUACCCGACAUAACACGUCGUACAAAAUGGCACGAGCAGGCGAAACCUCUCCAAGUGGGUGACGUUGUAGUCAUUGUGGAUCCAGAGCACCCGAGAAGCUGUUGGCCUAAGGGACGAGUCAUUGGAGUAACCAGCAGUGGAAGACAAACUCGUAAGGCCACUGUGCAAACAUUGCAUGGAAUAUAUGAGAGACCAACCGUGAAGCUGGCGGUGUUAGAUGUUCGGCGCGAGAUGGAGUAAACGGAACCGGAAGGCCAGGUCCGUGUACCGGGGGGGAGUGUGACGCCCCUCGGGCGAUACGCACCUUACAUCGUCGACCUUGGUUCGUCGACCGUCGGUACAAUUGACAUUCUAUUGUCCGAUAGGACGAUUGACGUGAUCACUGGAUAUGACAGCAAAGGAGUUGAGAAAAAUGCUGAUUCAUGAUGAUGUGUGGAAUAUGCAGUUAAAAAUCAGAAAACUAUUUGAGAAUAAUUCGUGCCUAUAAUUGAAUUCCGUGAAAUGUUCUUAAUCUAGUUAAAAGUGAAGUAUUUACUAACUUAUUUAGCAAAUGAAAUCGAGAAAUUUAUUAUUUUCUUACCCAGAUAGCUAUUACCUGCGUUAAAUUCUUAGUCAACAAGUGACUAGUAAUCAAUUUGUUAUUCUAAAAAUUGUUUAUCCUACAACUUAAUAUCUAACUUAUCAAGGUAAGAACACAUAAGUGAAUGGAUCAAAAUAUAUCCUAAACGUUAUAAAUCUAAUGUUUCAUGCAGCUAAACUUAAGUACGGAGGAGACCUGAUCCAGACAAUUGAGGUAGAAGAGAUUUGAGAGGCACUAAACGUAAGCAAAAUGAAUUAAAAUGUCAAUCUCGUAAUAACAAAACUUUAUAUUAAAGGAAAUUUUAACCAGUCAAAAGUUCGCGUUGGUUCAUUUUUUCGGAAGACGAUCCCUCCAGUUGGCGCGGCCAACAAGUAUCAUGGACACUCUCGAGUCCCUUCGAAUCUCGCAGAGGGUUACGGCAAGAUGAUGCGCUUUCGUGCGUGCUGUUUAAUAUUACUUUAGAAGGUGUAAUAUGGAGAGCGGGGAUGCAUAAGUGGAACGAUUUUCACGAAAUCCCUUUAGCUGCUUGGUUUUGUGCCAAAAGUGUGAUGAUAAUGAUAUUAUAGUCACGUGCUUCAACCAUCACACCAGGUCCGCUCUAUGAGCAUAGUUAUCUUCCACUGCCAACAGACCAUCUAUUUUGUCCAACACUGUAGGAGGACCUCGCUACCACCUCGACUGCUACACACGUGGUGGAACGCCAGAGAGCUCAGAGCGAGCAGGAAUUAACUCGCUUAAAAAUUGUGCUGAUGCUGAUGGAUGUUGGAUAUUCGAGUCGAGCGGGAUAGAGGUUGGAACAAACUAAUUUUCAUAAAUUUCAAAGCGAUUUAAAUAGCGUGUAGAAAAUCGCAGACCGUGGCCCCGCAUGCACAGGAGGGCAAACGGGGGGCUGCUAUGGCUUUACGUAGGUAAUGUGAAUGUGUGCAUUUCUGUUCGCGUUCGCACUGGCUAACCUCUCGGUGCGCCCUCACCCAUCAUCAGCACCCAUACGGAAUUGAAAUAUAACAAAAAAAACCUAUGAAAUCGACUUUGUUUACGUUAGUUGGCGGCAGCGGCCACGGUUCCGUGCCCCGCGCACCAUGAACCUUCCUCUCUGUUUGGGGUCUAUAAAUGGGCAUUAAUGCGGUCGACCGGCGAAGGUCUAAGGUCUAAGUCUGGGAGAGUCGACGAAGCGGCGGCGGCAGUCAAAUGUGUUUCCUGUUUUGCGGUCGCGGAAGCCCACACACGUUUGAACGCGGUGUAGCACACGUCUGACGGGGAACAUCGUGAUUUGCUUCUGCUGAUCGGAUUGUUUAACAAUGGUUUUGCUGAUGAUGAUCUGAGGACUGACGCUUUCUUAUGAGAUAAUAUGUAAAUAUGCUGGAACAUACAGACGGCUAAUUUGCAACUCGCUGAGCAUAUGAUUGACCCGAUUUAUCGCUGAUUUUUUAUGAUGAACUCCAUUGGUAGUUAUUUUUUAAAUGUUUUUAAACUCAUUUAAGAAUGUAUGUCAAAUUGAGUAUUUGUGAAAGUAAAAUUUUGCAAUGCCGACGACUCCACUGCAACGACGCUACUCCAAUUCACAUCCAGACAGGCUACCUCUAUCUUUGGCAAUUUCGGUCAGUGAUCCGUUAGAUUAUGGCAUUGCAAAAUCUAGGCCAUUCUAUGGCAGCGACCUAGCAGCAAUGCUGAGGUUGUCGAAAAGCGCCUAUCGUAAAAACAUUCCUCCCACGAUCCAUUCACCUCCUCCUUGUGCUUUGUGUCCAUCUUAUUGGUGUCAGCAGCAGAAGGAAGCUAUACAGAAAUACCAGUUGCAUAUUACCAUCGUCGUCGCCGUACACCUUUGCCAUUAAAGAAAACGCGGCAUUACUAUUCAAUUCGGCUUUUCAGUCAUCAUAUUUUAACGUACUUUCUAUACGAACUACGAUACGCUCGCCUUCUACUGGUCUUCCAGUCCCUCGCUACUGCUGAUGAACUUUUAGUUCUUAGCCAACAGCUCUAUGUGCUUUAGGAGACACUUCUUCCCAUUUUUUUCAUUUUUUUUACACCACUUCAGCACAAACAAUGAACACCUUCACCUGAAUGCCAGAUGUCUGUCGAACAAAUAUUCAAAUGAUUCCCUGAAUUCACUUUCGGCUUCACCCUUCUGUUUGGGAUCACGUUUCGUACAUAUAGCAUAAACCGCCAUCAGCUGGGCUCGAUGGGCCAACCCAAUGUUAAACGGAAUAAAUGUUUUUUUUUAGGAUGAGCAAUACCUAUGUUAAGAGUUGGUGUAACAAACGUUGAGGUCAUCUCUGCAUCUCCACUACUAUGUAGUUACCAAGAAAAGGAGAUUCUGUAGAUAAAUUAUGUAAUAUGGGCUCAAUUUCAAAAAUGUUAAGAUGCAUGCAACUUAAAAUUACAAAAAGGACGCCAUUUGGAUAUUUCUCAUUGCUUCUGAAAUGUAUUGGCAACGACUAUUUUGUAGACUUUCGGACACCAAACCAGGCGCCCUAAAAAAGUUCCAAUAAGGAUCGAUACGUUGGAAAUUGAAAACAUGUCUCGUGUUUAGCAACAUACGGGUGUAUCUACAAUGAUCGAUUUCUCUUCAUCGAUUUUCUCUUCGAAUUAUUCCGGGAAAUACGAGCAAUAUUCGAAUGAUCUCUCGGUGUGUUUCGGUGGAGGACGAUUAGGACUAGCAUGUAAAACUACAAAAACAACCAAAAAUGAUUUGCCGGCAAAGUUAUUAAUCAACGAGAAAAUCGAUGAAGAGAAAUCGAUCAUUGUAGAUACACCUGUAUGAUACUAAACUCGAGAUAUAAUCAUUUUUGAUUCCCGAAAAGACUAUAACUCUACAAAAGUUAUCAAAAACUAGUAAUAAAACCAUAAAAUCUGAUUAAGAUUUUUUGUCAAUGAGAAAAACAACGAUUAUGGAUAACCUAUUGGAGAUACCUUAAGAAAAUCUACCGAAAGUUUAUUCAGAAAUUCUUCUAAAAAAUGAGCAUGAGCAUAAAUGACCGUACAAUUCGUAGUUGCUACUCCGUGAUUGACCAGAACAAUCGAGAUUGCACAAGGAAUCAACAAACAGAGCUUGGGAAUAGCUACCGCUCUCAAUGAGCACAGUUCGAGUAUUUCAAACUAUAUUAGUCAAUAACGGCGCCGGCCACGUCCUUACAAUCUCGAGGAAGGGAAGGAAUGUUAGUGUGACGUACGUUGCUAAUAGAGACCGAGUUCACCUCAUCUUCUCCACGACUGGCACGGGAAGAAGUUUUUGUUAGUGGGGAGGGGGAGAGUCACAUGAUUUGGAUUCACUUGGGUAAGUGAUGUGAUUCAUGCAACCUUUAUUUAAAUCAACUAAUGUGCAUUAGAAACUAGCACCGACACAUGACGUGACGAACUUUUCAAUAUUUGUUAGAUAAAUACACAAAAACCAGAGCAAAUUUGUAUACAUCCUUUAGUAUUAUUUAUUAUGAUAAAAUGAAACGAGCUCACCAAUAAACAUCCUUCGAAGUGUCCAGUGCGUAUGUGCUGCAGCAUCUUCCACUAACUGGUCCCUUCUCCGAAAUCACACUGAACCGCUACAACUACAUACGGGUACGACGAUGUGCACAUUCAAAUUGACGACGACGACGCGGCCGAUUCCACUUUACUUUUAAAAACACACUAAAUCGUCCCGUACGAAGAUGAGCACAGUCCUCAGAAAUUCUCCUAAAAAAUGUUUAUAAAAAAAAUUCGACCAACAAUUCUCUCACGAAUUCUUUUAAAAAAUCUUCCAUGGAUUCAUUCGGAAAUUUUCUUCAGGGAUUUUUUUUGGAUUCCUAUUCAACAAAAUCCACAAAGCGUUCUUCCAAAGCAUCUUGCAUGAUUUACUUCAUUUUGUUUUGAAAUUCCUUCUUUUUUCCAAAAAAAUAUCCAUGAAUUUGAGCAGGAAUUCUUCCAGGGAUUCUUUCAUGAAUUCGUUUUGAGUUUCCUUCAGAAAUUUGUUUAGACAUUUAUUCAGAAAUUUCUGAAGAGAUUCCUUUAAGAAAACUUUCAGGAAUGCCAGAAACUAUUCCAGAGUUUUUCAGAAAAUUUUCCAAAAGUACUGGGGUUACUUUGAAAAUUCUUCCAAAAAUUUCACUAGAACUUCUCACAACAGCUUCCAAUUUCUCCAGAAAUCCCACUGAGCAUUCCUCCAGGAAUUUCACAAAGUUGUGCAUGAGUUUCUGCAGAUUCCUCCAGGGAUUUAUUUAGAAAAUAUUUUUUCGGGACUUUUUUUUUCGAAAAAUCCUUCGGAAAUUCCUUUAAGCAUUCUCUCAAACUGCCUUCCAAGGAUUUAGUCCAAAACUUUUCUCGGCGUUUGGUUUAGAAAUUGGUCCACGGAUUUUUCUAAAUAUCUGUCAAAAAAUCUUCCUGGGAUUUCAUUAGAAAUUUCUCCAGGGACUCUUUUGAAAAUUACAGUUAGGUCCAUUCGGGAAUUUUCUGCAUGGAUUUCUAUAGAAGCUGCCUGAGGAGUUCUUUCACAUUUUUCACAUCUCCCAUGGCUUUUAUUAUAAAUCUGACUAAAAAUUUCUUUAAAUAUGUCUCCAGAUGAUCCUCCAGAGAUUCCUUUACAACUUUCUCCAAGGAUUACUUUGAAAAGCUUCCACAGAUUUAUCAAUUCUUUCAUUGAACCCUUGCUGAAAUCCAUCCUAGGGUUCAUUUAAAAAAAAUCUUUCACGAGGUUCUGAGAAAAUCUCCCGAUGAUUCUCAAAGAUUUUUUAGAGACUCCUUUGGAAACCCCUCGCAGAUUUCUUUUAAAAAAUCAUCCAUGAAACCCUAAAGAAAACGGGGAUAGUUUCCAAAAAUGUUGCUUCCAGAAUUCCUUGAAUAGAUUGUUCCAGAAAGUCAUCAUUCAACCAGAAUUCUUUCAAAUCAAACGUCUAGGAAAUCUUCCUUGAAAUUCCUCAAAAAUACUUCUUGUUUUUUUUGUGGAAAAUGAUUCACGGAUACAUUGAGAAUCAGAAAUUUAGAAUUCCUUAAUUUUUUUUCUCAGAAGCUUUUUAAAGAAUUUUCACCGGUAGAGACGAACCAGCCAAGGGCUGAAAGUCUCUUUAAUAAAGACAAAUCAAUCAAUUUUCUCCAAGGAUUGCUUUUGAAAUUCUAGAAGAGAUUAUCAAAGAUUCCCAAGAUUUCUUCAUAUUCAUGUUCCAGAAAUUUCUAUAAGGACUUUUUAUGAAAGUCUUAGACAAUCAUCCAAUGAUUCAAUCAGAUUUUUUUUCUACAGAUUCUUUCGGAGACUCUUAUAAAGAUUUUUAUGGAAAAGCUUUAAGACAUUAUUGCAGAGAUUCCUGGAGAAAUUCACACAGCGAUUUUAUCAGAUAUUCCGCCGGGUAUUUCUCUAUGUAUUUUCUCAGAAAAUCCUCCAGAAUUUCCUCCAGGAAUUAUAAAAAAAAUAUUUGGGAUGUUUAUUAGAAAUUUCAAGAGUUUUGGUAAUAUAUUCCACCAGGGGUUUCCAUGUGUUUAUUUAGGUAUUCCUUCUGGAAUUUCUUCAGAAAAUCCAUCUAUGGAUUCUUAAAAUGUUCCUGUUUUUUUUCAGAAAUUAUUUCAGGAAUUCAUUUAGAAGUUUCUUCAGAUUUUUUCAAUUUCCUUCUGAAAUUUCUUCAGUGAUACUUUCAGAAAUAUCGCUAGACUUUUUAAGUAUUCCAAGAAUUACUUCAGAAAUUUCAGCAGGGAUUUUAUGAUUUUUUUUUUUCAGAAGUUGUUCCUUCAGGAAUUGCUCAAGCGGUUUCUUCAGAUAUUCCUCCAGAAAUACAUUCAUGAGAAUGUACCAGUGAAUGGGCGCUGAAAUCAUGACUUUUUCAUAUCAUUCAUUGGAAAUCACUUAUAACACAUCUUGUCAAUAAUCUGCCGAAGCAUUACAAUGUCCUUGUGACGGAAUUUGCUACAAAUUUUGGAAUUCAAUCAGCUAAGUACACGCCAAGAUAGUAUAAACCAUCGAAUAAAAAUAUUAGGAAUAUAUUACAAUUCUCGGUUGGGAAGUCAUAAGAAAUGUUGAAAGAGGUUUGUUGGAAAGCUUUGAGGAAAAGUCUGGUGAGCAUGCAUUCGCCAAAUAGCCAUCACAGAGUAAAUUUGGGGUAUAUAUGACUAUUUUUUCAUGACAGUGUAUCAGUCAGGGUAUAUAUUUUUGUAUUACAAAAUAAAAAGAAAUAUAAAUGAUUGAUUGAUGUGAUAAUGUAAGCCAGAAAAGCGAGUAUCCAAAAACUGCGCGCCCAAUUGUCAUAAGACAAAAUUGCUAAUAUACUAAACAUUUUAACUAUAAUUCGAUGAAAAUCCAAACCAUACUUAUCCAGAGCCAUGUAGUUUCGUAUGAUUCAGAAGUCCUGUCAGAAACUUUCGAGAAUUGUCUUUAGUAAUUUCUUUCAAUAUUUCUACAGGUAUGUUAAUAGAAAAAAAUAGGCAUCACUAAACGUAGACACUUGAGAAUGUUUAAGAUAAAAGCAAUAACCCAAUAAAGAUGUGGAACAUCAUUCACAAAGAUCUUGAGAUUAAUAUCUGGAGAGAUUCUUAAAGGAAUUGAAAUGAGCUGGAAGUUUAGUCCAUUUCUGUAAAUCCAAUUGAUUUUAUAUGUUAUGAUCAUUUAUAAAGGUGAGAGAGUACAAGCAUGUUUUUCUUACCUACGUUGUAAAAACUAUUUUGCAAAAUGAAAUUUAUUGCUAUGACAAUAAACUACAUGAAGGUAGCUAAACUGAUUUAGUUCAAUAAUUUCGUUUUGAAUUAUUACUGAAGCAUAUUACCAAAGAUCCAAAGGCUCUAGGAUUCAUAUCAACGGGAAUAGAAGUUAGUUCAAGCACAAAAUUGGCUUAACUCUUAGUAUUAAGUGAGGCUUCGUGGUCGUGCGGCUAGUGUCACCAAGCACUUAGUCGCAUCGUGCUAAGAAGCGCGGGUUUGAUUCCCGCCGCAGCUGUCAGGAAAAGUUGUCGACUGUGCCACUGGGCGUUGCAUGCUAGUCCGUUGUCUAGUGUCGUGCUUCCUUCAAAGAGCAAAUAGCUCACUGGAAGCAUUGAACGUGUCCGUGUCUUUUUAAAAGUAUCACAUGUAAGAUUUACAGAACAUAGUACUUCGAAGGGAUUCGUCAAUCGCUGGUUGGUAGAUAAAAAGAAGGCAAUGUCACACAACAAAACAAUGAUGCAAAUCAGAGUAAAAGCAUGUACACUCAACAAAAUUUACAUAACAGAACAGCAAAACCAAUUCCGCGCCAAAUCCUCCGUGCUAGGGCAGAAUUUAAGGGAUAAGUCCGCAAAAAUUGUAAAAUCCGCGAAAUCCGCGCUGUUGUAAGUAACAACCCUGUAUUUAUACUUUUAAAAAAUACAUGUUGGUGGUUCGCCAAUUUCAGUGAGUAUUAAAAUUGAGUCCCGUAAUUUCUCAAGACUAUUUGGAUAAAUCCUUGGAUAAACACGUAGUGAAACUCUAAAAAAAUUAAAGUAAUCAGGGAAAGAGUUCUCAAGAAGAUUAUGUAUAAAGCAUUACUAUUGGCUUUAUUAGAAAUGUUUUCAGCUCGGAACAGGUUCAACGGAAAUAAAUAAACUCCAUCAGAAUAAAUUACUAGUCUAAUUAUCAGAGUUCCCACUGGAUGAAACACUCGAAGUAGCGCUAACAUGAAUGGUUAGUUAGCUCCUGUACCUACAUUAGCAUUAGCAUUAAGCGAGUCGCACAAAUUCGUAGGUGGUACAGUCCUAGACCGCUGUUAAGAGGAUUGCCUCCUUGCUGUCCGAACCAAAGCACAAAGAUUUGUGACUAAUCUCUGACUCUUAGACAAGACUUGACGCAAUCCUCCAAUGAUCGAGAACUGUCCUGGCCACGUCCUUGCGACUGCUGAGGAAAGGGAAAGGAUGGUUAGUUUUGGACACCUAUGGACACCUGCUCGAACCACUACAGAACCGAAACAGAGCUUGACCUUGUGCAUCGCACCUAAUGAUCGUUUUAUUAUGUUUAAAUUUAUUUAAUUACCUCCACAACACUUCGUUCUCGUUCGAGCCAUCUAUGUUUAUUCCCAUAUAUCGCACUCACAAUGCACGGGGGUCUAAAUAACCUUUGAACCAACACUCCAUGCCCAAGUGUCUAGCUACUUGGAACAGUCCGCUUCAUUGUUAUUACCCGGUCGAUGGUGAUGGCGCGAAAUCGUUUACCACACACCAAUCGGUCCGCUCAUUUUUCUGGUCACGCCGGAAAGCUCGGUAGGUUGGAGAUCAUUUCCCAAAGUACACCCCUUUAGUUCGAAAGUGAACUCAUUUCCAUGGAGUUAAAAAACCCUAACAUAUAGUGAAGCUCUUCUUCUGCAUCACACGAAUACAUCCCAAGUAACACAACUUGUUACAUUAAUGUAUAUAUUACGAGUUUCAUACAAACGUCAAAGUUUUGUGCCGAAUAUGAAAAACGUAUUUUCAUACACUUAUAUCACCGAAAAAGCGCAAAAAAUGGCGGCUUAUAAAACAUCUUUGAUGUUACUAAAGAUGUUUUUCAAUGCAUUCUUAUAACAUAAAAUAAAGUAUUGAAUACUUUAUCAGCAACAUCGUUAUGACUUGUUGCUAGUAGCAAAAUCCUAAUUUAUCAAACGCACACUAUGCAAAUAAAUGUGCCACCUAUUAUGUGAUAUUUACUGAUGGCUUAAAAAAAUAUGACUCACAUUUUAUUUGCAAUCUAUCCUCGAUGUUUGGUCACCAUGACGAAAUUUCAUGUGCCAUUCAAAAUUUAUGGUGAAACAAGCAUGUCCACUCUUCAUGAAUUCAUUCGCUUUCCAUCGGAUUGGAAAUACGAAGACAUUUUUUUGGCAUAUUCUGAUUUGUGUAGGGUUUUCAAACAAAUUUUCAGACAUGCAACAUGGUGGCUACUUGACACAGUGCCGGUACGAAGUUUUGGUAAGCUAUUUUUGAUUAUGAAAUGUGAUGUGCUUAUGACUGUAGAAUUUUUAGUCGUUAUGGACAAGACAAUUUUAUAAUUUUAUCCAAAUAUUUACAUAAACUAUCUCAGAUAAAUAUUUAUCUGGCGAAUAACAUGUAGCUGAGCAAACGACUAUUAAUAAAGAAAUGUGUGCAACAUUUUUUAUCAGGCACUGUAUUUAUCUGGACUGGUAGGGAAAAAUUCAAAAUAUUUAAAAUACGUUUAAAUUACUUCAAUUGUACAUCUUAAUAACAUGUUUGUUGAAAACCAUUUGAAUUGUUUCAAAUACAUAAAUAAAACAUCAUAGUAACGUAUUCUGAACAAAUAGCAAACAGCGUUGUAAUUUUUGUUUUCAGAUACUAGUUUUGAACAUACUUAUAACAAUAACAAAGCUAGAGUGCAGUUCAUGGAGCCAAUUUGAGAAAAUUGUUUCCUAACAUUUUUCGGGGUCAAUUAGCGUUAAAACAGUGAUUUGAAGUGUGAUUUAGCCGCUAGGUAAGCAACUAAAGUGAUUAUUAGGUAAUAGGAGGACUGGCGUAUAAGUGAAGUGCAAGCCAUGCAGUUCUAAAGUGAGUUGUACAGCCACCAACUUUUUUUAGAUAAUAUUCAUAUGUGUUUAGCUAGUUCAUAGCGGCAUCAUCAAGAGCGAAGAAUGAUCAAAUAAGUAUUGGAUGCUGUCAUUGUUGCUCUCAUAAUUGAAAUGCCAAGUUUUUUAAGCAAAAGAUUUUCAUAAAUAAUGUUCAAGAGCGAACUGGCACAACAGCGAUCUGAUAAACUUCAAACUUCAUUUAACGUAUUUGAUACGUAAAAUAUAACGUAUUUGUAACAUGUGAGUCGAAAUGUUAUAACUAUGUGCUGCUGAUUUUCUACAUAACAUCUUCAAUUGAAAGAUGAUGAGGAUACAAAAUUGUUGUGUAAUCAACGUUAAAUUUACGUUACUCUAACUUGUCUGGAGAUUGAUAAUAAUUUUCAGUGGCUUGUUAUUGCCAAACAUAGAUAAAACAUGAUUUCAACACAAGAUGUGUAUAAAUACGAUUAUAGUACAUCAUUACAACAUCUUUUUCAAAUUUUACUUUCAAAGAUGUUUUCUGUGUUACUUGGGAUGCAGGAAGUUGACGCGUGUGUCAUUGCAUGCCAACCUCCGCCAUAAGGUUGCGAAACCGCAAAACAUGCGUGGUGCGUUGCGUACAACAAGUAUGUAUACGACUCUGCAAGCAGAGGUCAUCCCUCUGUGGGCUAUUGUUGUUAGUUAGCUGGCAGCGGCUGUAAAUCACUUUGUGGUGUACCAGCUCACCGUCCGUUGUACCUACAUAUGCGUGAGACUCGUGCGUAUCUAAACUCUAAACCAAACGAACCAAACCGAGGAAGGUGUGCAAGUCAUGUGUGACAUUUUGAUUCGACAAUUCGAACAAAGAUUUAUGGACGGAUGACUCGGUUUAAUGACAAAAGGGAAAGUUGGUCGAUUUAAUGCUGAUUACACCGGUAGACCAUGGAUUUUAAAAUGGUGGAUCGCCAACUUGUAAGAAGCGUCCAACAUAGGGUAUUUAUUGGUAAUCAUGAUAGGACGGCACUGCUUUCGGCCUCUUCUGAUUUCAGCUAGAUUGAGAAGGUGCGCCCCGAACGUCGGUUUACUAAGGAAGUGUGGCUGAAAUAGCGUCUGCGUCUGUUCAGACAUCCAGCGAAUAAGCAUGAAAUGCUGCAAUCGAAUAGUCAAUCGAACAACUUUUCAGCGCAAAUCAACAACUGGUUUUCCAGAUUUGUGCUCUUGAAAAUUCGAGGUGCACUUUCGCUAAAUUUCCAUACCUUGAUAAACUAACAAGGCAAAAAGGGGCAGAAGGGUACAUGAUUCCGAGCCUUCACAUUUCAGGGACCCCUACAAAAUCUCAAUUCACGUAUAGAAAAAUGAAAGAAGAAAAAAGUAAGUAGUUCAAGGAACUCCUCUUGAAUUGAUUUGUAUCAUAAGAACUUCAAAAUACAACAGCACAAGUUUAAAGUAUGGAGAGUCAAACAGUUCCUACAGUUUGUUCAGGAUUUCCGCCGGAGAUUUUCCAGAAAUUUACCUGAAAAAUUUAUUAGAAAUGAGGUCAGAAAUACAACCAGGAACAUGUUAUGGGUCAACAGUCGACUAGAUUUUUGUUGAAAAAUCUCUUGGGAAAUUAUCAGAAACUCUCCUAGAAGUCGCGUUUUUACUUGUUAUAAUUAGGUUCCACAAAAAUGUGUUAAUCGACUAGCAGCUACUAAGAUGCACCAGAGAUUUUGCUAGAAAUGCUCUUAGAGCUUUCGCUAUACCUGGAGUAGAUAGCGUUAUAAAUUUUACUAGACAUUUCACGGUGAUUCCUGUUAUAAAUUCGUCUUGAAUUCUGUCAUGAACUCCGACUAAUUCUGUGAAAUAUAAUGCCAUGGACGCACUCACGAAAAGCAUUUCAAUUUCAUAUAGUUUUCAUCGUCAAUUUUUUUUUACCAUUUUUAAUAAUUUCCUCGACUUUUACCAUUUUGUUUGAGCAAACAUACAGGGUGUUAGGUUCCUGAGUGCAAACUUUUUAAAGGGUGAUAGAAAACCAUGAAUGGUGAAAAAAAAUUGUUCACGUAUAUGGUCAAAUCUCAACCGUUACGUAGUUAUUGAACUUCCCAUGUUUUUUACUCUUAUUGCCUUAACUGGCUAUAACUUGAAAAUGGUCAAACUUAUCGCAGUUUUUUUUUACCCUUAUCCGAAAGAUUAUUGAAUUUUCUAUCAACUUUGAAUCGAACGGUUUAGUUAAAUAAGUUUUGUAGAGUAAAUAGCUCAAAAGUGUGUUUUAUUGGUUUUUGUCAAUUAUCUUUGAAAAAUGCGUAAUAAUUUAAAAUUCAUUCUUUGGCAAAGUUGUGGCAAUAAUGCGGACCACAAACAUGGCCCGGAAGCACUCACACAUCUUUAAAAUUCUUACUAUAACAUCGGCACAACGAGGAAAGUGUAGCAAAUCCAUCACCCCAAUUUCCAAGUGCAGUUUUGGUCGUGAUGGAUAACGCACAAGUACUCAAGACAGCAUACACAAAAAGUUGUUCGGUUUCGCCUUUUUGCUGUUUUUUAUAAGGUCUCCUUUCCACCCGGUUGCCAAGUGUCUAAAAUAAAUUUCCGAGCUGCCGCUGCAGCUGCCGUCACCAACACAAUCAAAUUCUGGCAUUGUUAAUGGCAAAAGUGCAGUCGUUUAAAACAAUCCGUUAUUUUAUGUUGAAACAACCAAAUAUCUGUUUAUUCUUACAAACUGUCAAAAAUUACGACAAAUGAAGAUAUUUGUAUUACCAAACAAUGGAACAGUUCAGUUCAAACUAGCAAUCAGUUUGUCGCUAUAGUAAACUGGAAAAUCCGUUGAUUUGAAAUAGAAUUUAAUUGUGUUUACAAUAUAUUUUUCUGCCUUCACACACGCUUAGAAAAAGUUACUCUAAAAUGAGUAAGAUUCACACAAAACUGAGAUAAACUUGAACAGCUCAAAAAAUGAGUAAAUUGCAUUUCCAGCGAUAGCGCUGACAUAAGUGCAAAAAUCCAACUAGUUUAAGUCGUAUAAUAUUCUUGACAUCAUUAAGAAUAUUAUGCGGCUUAAACUCAAUGAGAGUCUAAUAGAGGUGGGGAAGAAGAUACUUCGUGUGCGUGAGAUCCGUGUCUGGUGCAAAACAUGUCACUACUACAAGCAAAGCGAGCUUCCAUAAGAACGCGUGUCAAAUAGUGACGUCACUAUUUGUGUUUACAUUUUUCUUUCCUUACUAAUACACAGGCAUCUCUUCUUCUUCCCCACCUGUAAUAAACUCUCAUUUGCUUAAACUGAUAAGAUUUUCGCACUUGGGCCAGCGCUAUCGCUAGAAAUGAAAUUUACUCAUUUUUGAGUUGUCCCACUUUAGCUCAAAAAUGUGUGAAUUUUCUGACCGUGUUGGUAUGAGAAAAUAGACUACGAAGGGGGUGGGGGGUGUUGAAAAUUGGUAAAAAAAAUGCUACGUCAUUUAUGGACGACCCCUAAGUGAUUUCAGUAAACUAUAUGGGAAUACAGUAUUACCUCCAAUAAAGAGUUUAUUUAUUCAGAACAUCAACGUUUCCUUCAAAUUAUCGAAGGCACGUAUACUAAAACCCCUGAAUUUACGCCCAAAACUGGUGAGCUCGAACUGAGUUUGAAUGUUAAUUGGGAAAGCGAUAUUUGGGACUAAUGCGGUUACCAAUUUACGGUCUUUACGGUAUGUAUGGUAUCAUGGGCCACGUGAAUUUUUCAAGCACCAAGAGUGCUAGAUGGAAGGACAAACGGAAGAUUCAGGAAUUCUCAGGAGUUUUAAGGGGUUCUAGGGGGUCCCAGGUGUUUCAGGUGGUCUGGCACUAAUAUCCCAAAUGGAGGAUAACAUGCCUCUGGAGCCGGCCUUCUGAUUUUUGAGGAGAGCC